CCACUUCCUACAACUGCAGCGUGACCACCUUCAGCCACAAUAGCCCCAGUGUUCCCACUUUCAUUGCGGUUUCCACCAUGGUCACUGAGAUGAAUCCCAACAUAGUGGUAAUCUCUGUGUUAGCCAUUCUAAGUGUCCUUCUCAUUGGACUGCUGCUGGUGACCCUUGUUGUGCUUAGGAGGAAACAUCUGCAAAUGGCCAGGGAGUGCGGGGCUGGAACCUUUGUCAAUUUUGCAUCAUUAGAGAGAGAUGGAAAGCUACCAUAUAACUGGAGUAAAAAUGGACUAAAGAAGAGAAAACUGACCAACCCUGUCCAGUUGGAUGAUUUUGAUGGCUACAUCAAGGAUAUGGCGAAAGAUUCUGAUUAUAAAUUUUCUCUGCAGUUUGAGGAGCUAAAACUGAUUGGGCUUGACAUACCUCACUUUGCUGCUGAUCUUCCCAUGAAUCGCUGCAAAAAUCGCUACACAAAUAUCCUGCCAUAUGACUUUAGUCGUGUCCGGUUAGUUUCAAUGAAUGAAGAAGAGGGAUCUGACUACAUUAAUGCCAACUAUAUUCCUGGUUACAAUUCCCCCCAGGAAUACAUUGCAACCCAAGGACCGCUGCCAGAAACAAGGAAUGAUUUUUGGAAGAUGGUUCUACAGCAAAAAUCUCAAAUUAUUGUUAUGCUCACUCAGUGCAAUGAGAAAAGACGGGUGAAAUGUGAUCAUUACUGGCCUUUUACAGAAGAUCCUAUUGCAUAUGGGGACAUUACUGUUGAGAUGCUGUCUGAGGAAGAACACACAGACUGGGUUUAUAGGAAUUUCCGAAUUAGUUAUGCUGAUGAGGUGCAAGACGUGAUGCAUUUUAACUACACUGCCUGGCCAGACCAUGGUGUCCCCACAGCCAACGCCGCCGAAAGCAUCCUGCAGUUCGUGCAGAUGGUCAGGCAGAAGUCAAUAAAGAGCAAAGGCCCCAUGAUCAUACACUGCAGUGCUGGAGUGGGACGAACAGGAACAUUCAUAGCCCUGGACCGGCUCUUACAGCACAUCCGUGACCAUGAGUUCGUAGAUAUAUUGGGCCUGGUAUCUGACAUGAGGUCCUACAGAAUGUCCAUGGUGCAGACAGAGGAACAAUACAUUUUUAUUCACCAGUGUGUGCAAUUGAUGUGGCAAAAGAAGAAGCAGCAGUUCUGCAUAAGCGACGUCAUAUACGAGAAUGUCAGCAAGUCCUAGUUUGGAGUCCCAGGCGGUAAGUCCA